CUCUUUGGCCUAUAUAUUUGGGAGCUUCAUGACGUCCUGAGAAAACUACUUGUCUUUGUGGAGUUACAAGUAGAGGAUUAUCUGUGGUAGAUAGGUCUUUUCAAGAAGACCUGGCGUUACAAUUUUUCCGCCCUGGAGCUGUUGGACAGGAUGGCCACGGGCGCCGGAGAGUGUCCAGGGAAGGUCGGUCAGCACCGGGUGGACCACCUACUCAGUGCGGUGGAGAGUGAGCUGCAGGCCGGCAGCGAGAAGGGAGACCCCACGGAGAAGGAAUUGAGAGUGUCCCUGGAUGAGAACGAGCUUUGGCAGAAAUUUAAGGAUCUUACAAAUGAAAUGAUAGUGACAAAGAAUGGCAGGCGGAUGUUCCCGGUGCUGAAAGUGAACGUGUCUGGUUUGGACCCGAACGCCAUGUAUUCUUUUUUGCUGGACUUCGUAUCUGCGGACAAUCACAGGUGGAAAUACGUGAACGGGGAGUGGGUACCUGGGGGCAAACCUGAACCUCAAACUCCAAGCUGCGUGUACAUCCACCCGGACUCUCCAAACUUCGGGGCACACUGGAUGAAAGCCCCCGUCUCUUUCAGUAAAGUCAAACUCACCAAUAAACUCAACGGAGGGGGCCAGAUAAUGCUAAAUUCCUUACACAAGUACGAGCCACGCAUCCACAUAGUGCGGGUUGGAGGCCCGAGGAGGAUGAUCACUAGCCACUCUUUCCCGGAGACACAGUUCAUCGCAGUAACAGCAUAUCAGAACGAAGAGAUAACUGCUCUUAAAAUAAAGCACAACCCCUUUGCCAAGGCCUUCCUAGAUGCAAAGGAGAGGAGUGAUCACAAAGAUAUAAGAGAAGAUGCCAAUGAAAACCAGCAGUCAUCUUACUCUCAGUUAGGUGGUUGGUUUAUUCCAGGCUCAAGCUCUCUCUGCCCUCCCGCCAGUCCUCACAGCCAAUUUGGGAGUCCCAUCUCCCUCUCACCAUCUCAUGGCUGUGAGCGUUACUCCACCCUGAGGAACCACCGCUCUGCCCCCUACACCAGUCCCUACACCCAUCGGACCAACUCUCCCAUCGGUUACUCCGAUAACUCCUCAGCCUGUCUGUCGAUGCUCUCAAGCCACGAUAACUGGUCCAGUCUACAGAUGCCAACACACUCCAGCAUGAUGCCCAUGGCCCACAAUUCCACCUCUGGCACCAACUCUAGUCAGUACACCAGCCUGUGGUCUGUGAGUAACUCGCCCCUGACUCCCGUGUCCCAGAAUGGGGGGAUAAACAACAGCUUGAGCUCACAGUUCCUUCGAGGGUCGGGCAGCCACUACACCAGCCUGUCUCACUCAGCCACAGUGCCCUCCUCUGGCUCUCCCAUGUACGACAGCGGCACAGCAGCAGAAGUGCAUGACACAGCUCAGUAUGACACUUCUCCACACGGGCGACUACCUUCAGCCUGGACUCCUGUGACUCCUCCGUCCCUCUGAUGGAGGUGUGUCUGCACGCGUGGAGAGAAGGAGGAUGUGUGCAGGAUGUUUGAUCUGCUGCGACUUAAGGGAAGAAUCAACCCAAAAUGAAACAGGUUUUAUUUGUUUCCAAGUAAGUUUUUACAGGCAAAAGACUGUUUUCAAUUUUGUGGUACUUUAAUUAAUUAAGACAGAUUUUUUUUCACAUCUGAAAUGGUACUAAUGAGAAGCUACAGAGACUUCAAGUUCUUGAAGUAGCCCUUUUAAAAUGUGGUUUUGUCUCAAGAAGUCACCCUCAGUUUCAAACCCCCCAAAACAACAAAAUGAAUACUUUACUUUUAUUACUGGUUGACUUUUCCCUUUUGUUCAGCAAAUGUUUUUGUUCAGCAUAGCAGGGAAAACAUAUAUUUUAAUGUUUGUGAGCCCAAAUCCAUUUUAGCCUGCUUAUAUUAAGCACAGCUCCAUGAUAUUCACAGCAGUAAGUAAAAACAGUGUACAGAUGAAAAAUAUUAAAUGAUGUAAAUGAGAGUUUUUGAGGUUCACCAUGUAAAUACAUAAAUGAUGCUUUUUGUACUGCAAUGACCCUGUUUGAGAUAUUAUGUUCCAGAUUAUUUUAAAAAAUAAAUGAAAAGAUGGAUUUAAUGUAAAUAUUCUGCUAUGCAGAUGAUAAACAACUUUCAAUAUCAUUUAAAAAGAAACAUUUUGAAGUUAUCUACAAGACAAUUAAAACUUGAAUGUGCUUUACUUGCUGUUGUUCAGGGCUUUAUGUUGCUGUUUAAGGGUCCAUACACAUGCUGUAUCUUAAACUGCCUGGAAAACGCAAGAUCAGGCACUGGGUGCUACUCUUGUGCCUUUUAUGCACCAGCUUUGAAGAGCAUGGCGGCAGGUUGCAUCUAAGGUUGCUGGGCAACCUUGACAAGCACUGUAUUAUAGCCUAUUUACUGGAAUAUACGCUGUUUAUAGGUGUGUAGGCCUGUCGUCCAUGGGACAGAUGUAGCUCUAGCAGCCCUGCACGAAAAGGAAUCGACUUUUCAGUCACAUGAUAUUUCCGUCUUCAUCACAUGAGAUGCGGUGCGUGCUGUUGUGUUUCAAAAGCUGAACUCAGUUUAUAGGUGCUCGGGAACACAUGCAUGCCAUGGCAGCAUUGCUCUGGCAUUUGCACAUGCCUGCUGCAUGUCUACAUUGAAAACGAUGAAUUUGAGGGCACAAAAAAUGUGGCAUGUGUACAGCCAUUAAAAUUCAUCCAUAAUGAGAAAUUACACUGAAGUAUCACUCAUGAUUUAAAAGUGCUGUAUGAGGGUGUCGGUGGCUUAGUGGGUAGAGCAGGCACUCCAUGUACAAGGCUGUUGCCAGAGCAGCCCGGGUUCGAAUCCAGCCUGUGUCCCUUUGCUGCAUGUCAUUUACUGCUAAAUAGGACACAGCCAGAUUUCUGGCCCAUUUAUUUCAUCCUUAUAUAGAGUAUCUGGCUGUGGAUGGACUGUCCUCCAGUGGGCAUUUACAGUAUGAAAUCUACACGGGUGGUUCACAAAGUCAAGUCCUGGGACAUCCAGGGUUGUUUUAAAUUAAUAGAGGUCCUCAGCAACAUAAGGGACAGUUUGAUUUGAGUGUUUUUGGUUCCUUGGGAGGUAAAAUUGUGUCAGUGGUCUAAUUCCAGUCUGCUGAAGAAGAAUUAAUCAAAUAAAGCAUAAUUAGAAAAUGCACCA